AUGCACAUAUUUUUCGCAGUGCAGGGGAUCACACUCCAAGCGAUACUGUCCCAAGAAGCCUCUCUCCUCCCAACAGUCUGGGUCAUCACCAACCACAGAGCUUUCAUCAGGAUCUUCCAUCCAAAAAACAACCCAAGUCCCAAGCAAAUCAGUUCCAGCUACCAUUACAAGACCACCAAAAACCUUAAUACAGCUGUUGUUACUCCAAUAAAACCCAGUAUAUUAGACUUUUGGCUUAACGGCUUUCAUGCUGUUGAGAGAGAUUUUCUUAUACGUGGAUUUACAAACGGUUUCCAUAUUUCCUUUCAAGGUAACUCCUUGGUUCCAAAUGACUCCCUUACCAAUCUUACAUCUGCCAAACAACAGCCUGACAUCCUACGACAACUGUUAUUCAAAGAAGUUUUAAAAGGAAGGACUGCAGGGCCUUUCAAGGAAAAGCCUUUAAACGAUCUUAUUCUAUCACCAAUUGGUAUUGUACCAAAGAAGAACCCUGGUCAGUAUCGUUUCAUACACCACCUUUCAUUUCCUGAGGGUGAUUCUGUUAAUAGCCAUAUACCUAGGGAGGACUGCUCUGUUCAAUACAAUAACAUUGAUGAUGCUGCCGCGUUGAUUACGCAGUGUGGCAAUGGCGCCUUCAUGGCAAAGACCGAUAUCGAAAAUGCUUUCAGACUGAUACCAAUAGCACCUCAAUCACAACAUUUACUUGGGUUUUCCUUCUGUGGUGAGUUUUAUUAUGAUAAAACGCUUCCGAUGGGUUUAAGCCACUCAUGUCACCUUUUUGAACGUUUUUCAAGUGCCCUUCAAUGGGUCUCUCUGAACAGGCUGAAAAUACACUCAUGCACUCACAUUUUGGAUGACUUCUUGUUUGUUGCUCCAUCUUAUUCAAACUGUUUACGUGAUCUACAGAAAUUCCUCCAGUUGGCGGAUGAAAUUGGCUUACCUAUUAAGGAGGAUAAAACUUUACUCCCUAGCACUGUUAUUUCUUUUGUUGGUAUUGAACUUGAUUCAGUCCGCAUGGAAAAACGCCUUCCAGAAGAUAAAGUACACAAACUACGUUACACCCUACAUAGUAUCAAAGUCAGGAAGAGGGUCUCUCUUAAAGUAUUGCAAAGUUUGAUAGGUCUACUCAAUUUUGCGUGUUCUGUUGUAACACCUGGCCGAGCAUUCCUCAGGCGUCUCAUUGACUUGACAGUGGGUGUGAAAAAAUCACAUCAUAAGAUUCGUUUAAAUGCAGAGGCAAGAGCAGACUUAGCGGCCUGGAGUAUCUUUGUGGAUGGUUUUAAUGGCAUUUCCUUAAUGUUGCCAGACCGCUGGGAAAGUUCGCAAAGUUUACAGCUGUUUACAGAUGCCAGCAACAUUGGAUUCGGUGGCUACCUUUCAAAUCGUUAUUUUGCCGGUGUUUGGCCUGCGGAUACUUUCUGGGAUGCGAUGCAUAUUACUGUGAAGGAAUUGUUUCCCAUUGUUCUGGCUCUGGAGCUUUGGUCUACUCUCUUACAAAACAAAUGCAUAAUAUUUAAUUCAGAUAAUGAAGCAGUUGUUCAUGUCAUUAACAAACAAUCUUCAAAGGAUAAGGUGUUAAUGCGUCUGGUGCGCCGUUUAGUCAUGAUAUCAUUAAAGUAUAACAUUCUGUUUCAAGCAAAACAUGUGCCUGGCACAAACAAUACUUUAGCAGACCUUCUAUCUCGUCAACAGGUUCCCAGAUUUUUGGAGACGUGCUCGUUUCCAGAUCCAAUACCGGAACACAUUCCAGUGGACAAAUUGUCACUUUAA